ACAAUUGGAGAGCGACUCACCCAAACCAUUCACGCUGUAGAGACAGAGAAGUACCGAUACGACAAAAAAGCACAGCGAACUGGUCUCUGGUUGAAUAUUGCUAUAGGUUUACAAGUUUUGCUUGAGGCACUCACUAUAGGUAUUUCGGCAGCAACGUCGGGUAAGCAGGUUAGUUCAAAACUUCGAUUGGCAUCACCAUUCGGGCGUAUCGACAUUAGUUGUUUCCUCUCACGCUCGACACGGGGAUCGAACGAACCACAACUAUCCAUAACUCGCGCUAAGGACCCAGAACAAUUUUUGAGAGAGUGUGGUACCUUCAAUAUGGACCACGAGGAUGAAUAUGUGACACCUGGAGAACCUCUGAAUAAUCGGCUAGAGGAGCUCAGACAAAGGUUUGAAGAACGUCUUGGAAAUGCUGAUGGGUAG